UGCUUGUUUGUUUAUUUUUUUUUCAACCCGCAGAAAUGUUCAACAUACCCGGUGAUGGGCUUCUGCCAACUUCGUGGACUCACUAAAUUUCAUUUUGCGUGGCUUCCUUUUUUUAAUGCAGUUAAUUUUCCUCUCUUUUGCUGCAAAGGUUCGCAAAAUUUAUUUGAAAUGUCCGACUUCCACAACCGAAGUCAAGUCAGCGCACGACGCAGUGACUACGUCUGGCAGUAUGAGUAUUACGACGACGAGGAGCCUGUGUCUUUUGAAGGACUCAAAGCGCACAGAUACUCCAUCGUCAUAGGCUUCUGGGUAGGACUGGCAGUAUUCGUUAUUUUCAUGUUCUUCGUUCUCACGCUGCUCACGAAGACUGGAGCACCACACCAGGACAACCCAGACUUGGCGGAGAAGCGUCACCGACCAGAGGGCUGUCUGGUUGAUAUCCAUGGCCACCAGGACGAAAAUGACAAAGCGUUCUCCCGCCCGCUGUUGGAAGGCUCCCGCUCAUACUUUAAUUUCUACAUCAGCGAGGAAGGUCAGGCCCAUGAGAAAGAGAAACCGGAAGACAAAAGGAGUUAUGCAAAAGGCAAAGCUGGAAGACAUCGGCGCUCCUCUGAAAUAGAUGAAAUGGACGAGGACAACGAGGAAAGCGGGGGGCACCAACCUCUUAACGGUCUCAUUGAGAAAAGUAAGACAGACAGAGAGUGCGCCUUCCUGUCUCACUUUAACAUCCCAAACUUUGUGAACUUGGACCAUAGCUCCACACUCGGAGAGGAGGAUCUACUCUACGAGCCGUCCGUCAUCCUGGAGCGUCAGUCUCAAGCUCACCAUGCUCACCGUGACACCCACUAAGGCAGACAGCUGCCGUGGUCUCGUAACAUAAUUUGUUUUACAUCCAGAGGCAUUUUGAGAUGGGGCAGAGGGAAAUGUAUGCACCUGCUACUCCCGUCUUUCUGUAAAAGCUUUCAAAUUACUCCUUAAUGUUUUCUAAAAAAAAAA